AUGUACUUUUGGGAGCUUUGGGACCAAUUGGGAGUAUGGGGUGUUGGGGACGUUGAAAGAGCUCGCAGCCAGGAUGCCAAUCAGGAUCAGGAAACCCGAUUCUCGCCUUGUGUUGCGGUUUUGAGAGUUUUAAAGGAGAGCGUUGUGUUCAAAGCUGAGACCUUUUGGAGCUUCUCCUUGCUUAAUGCCCUUAAGGCUGAAUCUUUUCUGAUCAUCUUGACUCAGAUCUCAAGUUCUCUACACAGCAAAAGUGUGUUUGAGUGCUAG